UAAUUAUGCAAUGGAAUUGAAUCUACCAUGUUAAACUCAGUACUGGUGUAACUAUAAGCAAUUGUAUACAUUGUUUAAAAAUGUUUUUUAGCAACAGCAAUAAUAAACAAAUUUUACAUAAAAUAUGGAAGCUACAGGGGUUGCUUCCUUUUUAUCACGAUGAAAAAGACAACUACAGAUUUUCAUGGGCAGGGCUGAUCCUUGGCCUCUCCUACUUGGUCUGGUCUGUUCCACUGUGUUCAUGGGCAUUCUACGAGGACAUAAAAGACAACUGCAAGAACUCGAUUAAGGCAGUGAACAAGAUAAUGACUGUUGUGUCAUGCUGCAAUCUAUUAAGCUUGUUCGUAGCGUCAAUGGUGAGCAUUGUCUUCGCCUCGAUCCAGGCACGGAAUCUAUCGGAGAUCAGUUUGAUGGUACAUCAAGUCAAAAAACAAUUGGGCAACAUGAAACACUGGGAGAAAGUCGACAAUAACGGAUUGUUCCUACAAGCAUUUUAUAUAAUUUUGUUCUUGAUGGACUUUAUUUUCAACAGGGACACGGCUAAUUAUGAUUGUCCUACAAUUGUCUUGUCUAUAAUAGUAUUUAGUGUGGAAAUUCAAGUUCUUGCACUAUCUGUUAAGAUAGGUUUGCUUUUUAAAACUCUCAAUGAAAGAAUAUCAAGAAUCCUCUCGAAUGAAAGCUUGUUUCCAACGAUACUACCAAGAAUUAAUGUUCUAGAAGAUAGGAGUACAAACUUUAUCAAUUAUUGCGAAAUCCACUGGACUCUUUGUAGAGUAAUAUAUCUGUUCAAUUUUUCGUACGGGGUUCAGCUUUUGGUGAUACUCUUUAUGAUAUUCCUACGCAUCUUAUCAGCGCCUUUUUUUAUAAUUGUAAUACUAUCCCAGGAUUACAGCAUAGCCCGAUUGGUUAAGAAAGUGAUGCUCAGUGUGAUGUGGUUGAUUAUAGACAUCACCUUGUUCAGCUUAAUCAUCUGGCCCUGUGCCACGGCCACAGACCAAGGCACUAAUACUUCAGGGAUCAUCUGCAAAUAUUUGUCUAAGGACUUGCCUGACAAUUUAAAAAAGCAGAGUGAAGAGUUUCUUCUCCGAUUACAACAUCAUAAAACCAACUUUCUCGCAUAUGGGAUAAUUCAAAUAAAUUGGCCAGUUUUAACAAAUGUGUUUGAAAAAAACAGUAAAGUUAAUUUCUGGCAUGACUAUUUUUUUUUUUUUUUUUUUUUUUUUAGGUCAUGGGUGCUAUUUCUACAUACCUUGUCAUACUGA